AUGGAGCAUGCUGUCAGUGAGGUGCUGUCUAGUGUGGUGGACGACGUCGGUCAGGCCGUGAACAGAAACGUCAGUGGAGCUCAGAUGCUGCACGAACUGCUGAGUGCACCAUGGCUGCACGCCCUCCUGCAGAUGUAUGAGUGCCUGUUGCAGUUUCAGAGGUUGAUGCCCAGCCCGUUCCUGCCUUAUGCCUCAGGACUCUCACAUGAGAUCAUGACGGUCAUACAGAAGGUCCACCGUCCCUCAGCUGAAGCCAGAGAGCUCUACAGCCUUCUCAGCUCGCCUCACAUACAGGCCCUCCUGUCCUCCCACGACAGUGUAGCGCAGGCAGACUACGGACCUCUCUUACCCCCCCUGCCUGACGAGUUACCUGAGGACGAGGAGGCCAUGAGGAUCGUUUGCCUGGUGAAGAACAACCAGCCGCUGGGGGCGACUAUCAGGAGGGACGAGGAGACGGGAGAGAUCUACAUCGCCAGGGUGAUUCAUGGAGGACUGGCCGACCGAAGUGGCCUCCUCCAUCCUGGUGAUAUGUUAGUGGAGGUGAACGGUAACCCUGUGGUGGGUCUGGAGCCAGAACAGGUCAUCCAGAUACUGAUCAACUCUCAGGGAACCAUCCUGUUUAAAGUGAUUCCUAAUGCAGCUCAGAGCAGCAGCAACCAGAGGCCGGUGUACAUGAAGGCGAUGGUGGACUACCGCCCCCUGCAGGACUCCUCCAUCCCCUGUCCAGACGCAGGAAUGCCAUUCAGCAGAGGAGACCUGCUGGAGGUGGUCGACCAGUCGGACGGACAGUGGUGGCAGGCCAGGAAGCUGCCCUGUGCUAUGUCCUGCGCCGGUCUGAUUCCCUCUGCCAGCAUGUUGAAGAGUAAACAGAGGGAGCAGUGGUGGUGUCAGCCGUUACAGGUGCAUACCUGCAUCAGACCAUUGACCCUGGCUGAUGACGAAGCCGAUCUACCACAUCCUGAUGACAAACGCAUCCUAACAGAUCUGGAAGAAAUGCAUUUUGAUGAGUCCGACUCUGAUGUUACUGAUGGGAUCUACCUGGCUGGUUUCCGUCGGAGUUUCCGCCUCUGGAGGAGGACGUCCUUCAGGAAGAGAAGACAGUCCUGCACCUCCUGCUCCCCGAGCAGCAGUGCUCUGUCCACCCCCUACGAGGAGGUGGCUUUGUACCAGCGCCCCCCGCAGGAAAACCACCGCCUCAUCAUCCUUGUCGGGGCUUCAGGAGUUGGAGUUACUGAACUGAGGAAGAGACUCAUCAAACUGAACCCUUCGACCUUCCAGGGACCCGUACCUCACACCACUCGUCCAAUCAGUGCAGGGGAGCAGACAGGAAGAGAGUACCACUUUGUCACCAAAGAGCUGUUUGAGUACAUGGUCUGUAACCACAGGUUUGUGGAGUACGGCGAGUAUAAAGGACACCUGUACGGGACCAGCAUCGACGCCAUUGACGACGUGCUGAGACGAGGACGGAUGUGCAUCAUCGAUGUCGAGCCACACAGUAUCCCACCACUGCGCACCAGAAAACUGAAGCCUUACGUGAUUUUCAUCAAGGCCCCCGGCCCAGAGAGACUGAGACAGAGUCGGAGAGACGCCGGGCUCAUCACACACUACAGCAUCAACAGAGCUUUCACAGAGGACGACUUCAUGAAGCUGGAGGAGGUUUCCUGGCUGAUGGAGGGAAAGUACAGACAGUUUUUCGACUGUGUGCUGGUGAACGACGACCUGCAGGACGCCUGCAUCCAGCUGUGCUCCAUCAUCCAGCAGGCUCAGGAGGAACCGCAGUGGAUCCCUGUCAGCUGGAGCCGAGCAGAGGAGUAGAGAGGGGGAGGAGCACAAAACAGAGAGGGAAGGAUCUGAAAGUAGGUGAGGAGGAGAGAAACGAGGAAGAGAGGUUUGAUAGAGGGAGGAGGAAUUAUGCAGAUGAACAGGGAGGAGGAGAAAAGGAGGAGAUGAGGAGAGAAGGAUAAGGACGGGAAAUAGAAAAUAAGAGCAGCAGUUAGGAUAGAAAGAAAGAUUCAGUCAAAUGUAAAUAAGACGUGGAGACGAAUGAAAGGACAGGAAACGAGAGAGAACGAGGAAGAUCUGAGGAGAACGUCACUAAGCCAGUUUGUGUUUGGGAUUUGCAGUAAAAGUGAAGUAAAGUGUGGAGUUGUAGUAACACAUGCCUGGUUAAGUUAAACCUCAGUAUCAGAAGGAUUCAGUCUCAGCGUUGGCAGGAAAUCAGGCUCAGUCAGGAAAAACGUUAAGGCAUUUGCAGCAGUGAAAGAGAUUUUACAGCGGUACAAUUCUACAGUUUCCAUGGAGACCAGCUUGUGACACCGGUUAACAUCUGAGUUGGCCAGAAGAAAAAAAUGUCAGAAGGCAAGAAAACCAAAUUGGUCAGAAGAGGAAAAUGUGAAACUUGUAGAAGAAAAUAACAAAAGAAAACACGUCCUUGAAAGUAAAUUUAAUCCUCAAACAACAUCUAACCGGGGAAAACGAAGCAGCGUUCAGUUUAACCAGACUAAAACAAGCAGGUGUGACAACACUGUGUUCACCAGAGUGAACCAGAACAGUGAAGCUGUGUCCAGAUCAACGAUGAGCUGAAACUCACUCUGUAGGUUCAUCUCUACCUGAACAUUAAACACUGUUUCUACUCUGUCGUUUCAUCCAGUGCAUUGUUAUUAUAUAAUAUAUGAACUGAAGCUGCUGUAAGUCCAGAAGCGUCGUUACUUUGCACGGCUGAGCUCCGUGACUCCUGCAGAACCUCGUCUCUGACUCUGAACCUUUGAACUGGUUCAACUCAACCAGACGUUUCCAUCACUGCAGCUCCGUUCUGACACAUGUGCUUACUGUACGUGCGCUAAUUAAUUAAAGAUCAAGAUAAAAUCAUGUCUGUGUCUCUCUAAACCCCCCCCCCCACCCCCACCCCCCCUCCGGCCCGCCUCCUCCCUGUCUCUGUGUCUCAGGUUAAUCCUGUGCAGGGCAGAUGUAGCUCAGACGGUUUAACAGGAGGAUUAGUGUCUUCUCUCUGCAUCAUUCAGCUUCACUGUCAUCUAUAC